CACUAGUUUUGCAUGAAUGCGCAGUUCAUUGGCUGGAGAUGAAACGUGUGAUCUCUUCCUCUUUCCUCCAGGGCAGCUCCAGGGAGCCGGAGCAGGGGGGUUAUGGGAGGAGCGACUGCUUGGGGUUCAGGUGGUCGCGCAGGCUGCGUAAAAACGCACUAAACACACGACAAACGAUUACGGAACGAAUCGUAAGCGUCACCCAGCUCCUGGCAUAUCUAUGAAUGAGCUUUUAGUGGAGAAAGCGUUCUCGAUUUUCUGCCGGAGAAAUCACCCAAAAAGUUUAAAGGUUUCGGUGAUGCGUCGCUGAAAGGGUUACCAAGAAAGCGACACAGGACAGUGCGGGGUCAACUUCUCGUACAACUUUUUUUUUUUUUUUUUCCUUCUUCUGUCCAGGACCGACACAGUUCGCUUCAAAGAAAAGUGGAGAUAUGUUUAAGAAAACCAAGAGUAAAGUGCUGGUGGAUUACGCGUCGGAGGAGGACGAUAUGUCCUGGCACUAUCAUCACUCCUACAAGGACAAAGACAUAGGAGAGGAAGAGGAUGAGGAAGCCGUCACUGCAGUGUCCAAGGAGGCCAAGGUCAAGAAGAUCAUGUCCAAGAAAGACAGGAGGGAGAAGAAGAUGUUCUCCUCUAAAGAUGAUGAGCGCUUCUUGUUGACUGGAGAAAACCUGGCUGACCGCAAAGGGUCUCACAAGAAAAUCAAGGAUGAGGAGAAGGAGAAAGAGAAGAAGGACAAGCCAGAGAAGGCUAACUGCUUCUGGGAGAGUGUUACGAUGACAAUGAGGCAAAUCUCCCCCGCCAAAAAACUGGAGAAGAUAGAAGGCUGGGAACCACCACACUUAGAGAACCUCGCUGAGACUGUUCCUGAUGAACCCCCAGUAGGGAAGAGCCAGAACGGGGACACGGCAGAGUCAUCCCCCAGCUCCCUAAGCAUCCCCACGACGACGUUAGAGCUCCCCUCCUGGGGUGGACAGGGUCUAGAGGAGGACUCCUCCCACUACGCCAACCUGUCAGACUCCAAUGAUUCAACAACCGCCGUGACGUGGACGGCCCGUGCCAAAGUCAAGCUGGCCGGCAUCAGCAGGAUGAGCAGAGGGAUUGUAUCAGAGAGUGCGAGUGCAUGGGAGGGGUUUAAAUAGCAGCAUUUAUUACCCCUGCACCAUCAAUAAAGAGGAUGACAAUCUGAACCAAAUAUUUUGCUUGUUUCUGUCUAACUCUGGACACAGCUAAUGUUAAAGUCAACAUUAUGCUGGGAUGUUGUAGUGAAUCUGAAAAUAUAACACAUGAAGUAUUUUGACUGAAUUUGUGACUUUUAAAUCACAAAACUACAACUCUGAACAAAUGACAACCCUAAACUACUGUACCGUUUUAACUGCAGUACUCACCAGUACUGGCAAUUAGAUAAUGGUGAUUACCACGAAAUGAGCAAAGUGAUCUUCAUUUAAUCUUUGGGGGUGUCACUGGUAGAGACUCAAUGAAGAAUAUCCUGCUGAAGAUGUUUAUGUUGGCCUUCACUUCCUUUCUGUCUAUGCAGUCACACUGUGUCAGCGAUGAAUGUCUUAACUUAUAUAUAAAUUAAGGGCUGUGCAAUUAUGAAACAGCUUAUGGCAUAGUGUUUAGGUGUGAAAUACCUGUGUGUGUGUGUGUUUGAAAUUAAGGGAGAGAGAGAGACAGAAGGUGGUUUUGUGGGAGGACAGCUGGCAUUACAGUUGAGAUCUGAAGCUCUGCUGUUGUAUUGGAAGUGAUGCUGCACUCGUGCCGUAUCAGACUUGUAAUCAGGAUUUCUGAUCAGCACUCGUCAGAAUCCAAGUUAGAACUGGGAAUACCGGAUAUCUGUGAAACCUCUAAUAAAUCCAAUUUGGCAUGUAAUAACUGAAAAGUGAUCAAAAACUAAAUGGAUUUGGUUGUAUGCUAACAAUGAAUUGUAUUUUAAUACCCAAAUGACCAAUUCUGAUUCCACAUGACAGCAAGGCAGCAAUAAAAGAAAGAAAAAUAAUAAUAAAGCAGCUCUGCUGGUGGUUUUUUAUAGAUGAACAUGUUUAAAUCUGAUGCUGAGUAUUUGUAAAUCUGCUAAUGAUGAAAAAUGCCAAACUUAAGACCAUUACUCAUGCGAAGUAGUAGCUCUAUGCACCCAUGAUGUGCCUUGUAUCAUUAAAACGUGUUUUCUGUAAAAGAUAAAUCUGCUGACCUCAUCACAGCAUUCAUGCAGAUGCAGGUAGACACUUCCUGUCUCUAGUUACAAACCAGUGUCUCAGGAUGGCAUUAGCUUCACCAGCAAGAGCAGAAGUGUUUUUUUUUUUUUUUUUUUUUUUUUCAUUCUUUAAUGCUGUGUGAUAUAUUGUGUAUACUGGAUAGAACAGAUACAAUGAAGACUCUUCUUUUUUUUCUAUGGUGAUUUUUAUUUUAAUGCUUUCCACUGAUCUUUGCUUUUGUUUUUUUCUUUUUACUUUUUAAGUGGGUUUGAGUUUUUUUGCUACUGAAAUCUGCUUCAUCACAACCAGAGGUGUACACAUAUGCAGCUCCACUGGCCAGGAUACCUGUAACUUCUAUUUAUUCACUAAAAGGCUGGGACCCCCCCAGAAUAAAGAUCCAGACUGACAUGCUGCCUCGACUUCUUUCAACACUUUGCAAUUGAAGUAAACACACAACCUCGUUUAUUGGACUUGGCUUUCAGCAACCAUUUAGACUAAUUCAGUGAUCAUAACAGAAAUGGUCUACUCUGAUCCUUAAGGAAAACCACACAAAUACUGUUCUGUAAAUAAUUGUUGAAAGCAUAAUCAAACCAUUAAAAAUAUAUAUAAAAAGA